AUGGUGUUUUCCAAGAAGAGUGUGACCGGCCUUGUCGUUGGACUAUCCCUGGCCACGGACUUGUCGUAUGGCUUUGUAGUAGUUCCCAAGCAUAAUGCAGGUUUGCAAGCCACAACAUCCACCAGCAGUACCAGCCAUAAAUCAUCUCCCGCCGAUGGCGAGUGGUUUUACGAAGAAAAAAAGACCUUGUACUCGGAAGAAGAAACAGAGCGGGGCAAACGGCAGUACACCAAACUGAAAGGAGGCAAGACUCAAGUCUUUCACGACAAUUAUCCAUUGUCUCCAAACAAGCCUGCUCCCAAGCCUUCUCCCUACAAGCCAGUUGCGAUGACGACAGACAAUCGGUGGUUUGCGCAAGAAUCUACUCUUUCUUACGAUUCCACUCUUCGUCAAAGGAUAGCUCCACCGACAGCCAAGACAAGAAGUAAUGAUGAUGGUGAGCAAGGAAUGGUCGUACCAAUGCCAGAAGGAGAGUCAACGGAGGCAACAGCCAAAUCACCAUAUCAGCCAGCAGGACACACUACUACAAAGACUGCCGUGUCGACCAUUCCAGUAGCCAACACGGUUGUUAGCCCAAGCAAGCCCAUUGCCGUUCCAGUGGCGUUGCGUCCGGAGGAUGUCAUUACUCCGGAUGGACGAUGGUUCAAUAACGAAUCCAUGGUUUCCUAUGGUAGUCGAGCCCGCAAUCGACACUACCAGAAUAUCAAGGCAGAACACAAGGCAGAACAAGCAGCAACAUCCCCUUUUGUACCAGUCUCUGUUGCCGACACGACCAAGACGGCGAAACGUUCGUCCAUUGACGUGACGACCACCUUGCCACUCAAGACAAGAAAAGAAGGUGAUGUUGUAGUAAAGCCUGAUGAAAAGGCAACGACUAUCGCUGCCAUGGCUGGCAACGCAAUUGGGGAUAUGAUUGCCGGCAACAAGGCAACUUCUGCGGAAGAUGCCAAGGAGGAGGAAGCACCAACUGCGGCAAAGCAAGAAGAAACACCCGAACAAGUCGCGGCGCGCAUGGCUGCCAUUGCGGCUUCCACGGUCACCACCGAAAAUCGUUGGUUCAAUACUGAAAAGCGAGACUUUUUCCGCCCCGCCCAAAAGCACACUCCCUACACCAUUCGGAACCCAGAGUAUCAUGCAUCUCCGAACAUGAUGGAUCCGGAUGAAGAAUUGGCAUCUGCGUCUGUAUCAACGGGUGCCUAUGUCUAUGUCGGGUACAACUCAACAUCAGCAGCUGCACCAAAAGUGGCGACGGAUUUUGUUCCAUUGACAUCCACCACGGACCAAAAAUGGUUCAAUGCGGAAUCCAAAGGAACCUAUUCCUCGGGUGCCCUAGACACUAGACAACACAAACCUUAUAUGAUUCGGAAUCCAGAAUAUCAUCGGUCUCCCAGCAUGAUGGACGUCGACGAAGAAUUGUCAUCGGCAUCUGCAGCCGCAACCGGUGCCUAUGUCCGUGUCAGUUACAACCCAACAUCUGCACUAGCAGCUCCCAUUGCCGCGAGCAAAGAAUCGACCGAGACGGUGGAACCAUCGGCUCCAGAAUCAGUAGCUCCACCCGUACCAAGAGUGGCGACGGAAUUGAUUCCAUUGACAGCCACUACGGACCAAAAAUGGUUCAAUGAAGAAUCCAAGGGAACGUACUUUUCGGGUGCUCGGAAUGUACGACAACACAAACCGUAUACGAUUCGGAAUCCUGAAAUGCAUCGGUCUCCCAACAUGAUGCGUGCCGAGCGAGAAGCAUCCGCUGGAUCUCCAUCCGCUGGUGCCUAUGUCAGUGUGAGUUACAACAGUCCGGCACAAACAGCAGAAGCUCCAAAGACUACUAGUACUACUGAGAACAAGUCGGAAACCUUAGAUGCCGAUGCUGCAGGUACUGCUGAUACAGUUCAAAAACCGUCACCAGCGGAGGUGUUGGCAACCGAAGAACUUCCCGAGUCCACUGUUUCCACUGACAACAAAUGGUUCAAUGCCGAAUCCAUGGGGGCCUACGAUCCGAAAAAUGUGCGAAAGCACACUCCCUAUCAAUUGAUUCCCAAGGGAUUGGAUGAAGCUUCGAUCCGUACCAGUGCUGAUUAA